AUGUUCCCGGAUGUCGUGGAGCCCCUGUGCCGCCACCGCGAAGCGGUGCUACAGCCCCUCACAGAGGAGGAGUUCGAGCUCUUCGAGAGUUCGAGCAUAAACAAGAUAAGCCACUUCGCUGGAAAGGAGGAUGCAUACAUGGACUACGGCCGCUUUCAGUCCUCGGCGCAAGGGCCAAGCGAAAUCCGGCAGUUUCUUUAUAACUCAUUGUAUUUGCGCGGCGGCUGGAACGGCUCAGGGUACGAGCGCCAGUUCAUUGGCAGAAGGGCCGUAGCAGUCUGGAUCAGUCCCACCAUCAACCUAUCUGAUCUAGGUGCCGACGACUUCGCGACGGUCAACCUUGGCGCACCCGCUCAAGACGAAGUAAUCGCACGCAUGUGUGCUGCCAUUCGUGACUUGCGUGACGUUGCAAUUGCUACGCGUGAUGUUUCGCUCGAGUGA